GAACCUUUUUCUAAAAAGGAAACAAUUCCAAGAGCGUUUUAGGAUGCUGAAGGAAAGCCUUUGGUACUUUGCUGCCACCUUCCGUACAAAAUCUGUUAUAGCUCUUUGGCUACAUCUCAAACCGCGUAUACUAGGCUUCCGUACUACAUAGUGUGUCAAGAUAAUCAGUAACAUCGUAUUGUUUACUAUUGGUACGGUAAGGAGGUUUAGGAUGUAAGAUGCAUAGGAUAGGAUGUACUUUAAGGUGCCAAUUACUGGUUGACGCUGAUUGGCUGAGGUGAGCCAUACAGCUGUGAGCCAAUAGGAAGCAGAUUCGCUAAUUGAUCGCAUGAAACGCGCGAACCUGAAGUUUUGAUAAACAGCUCGGCUUGAUUUGUUGGCUGAAAGAGAAAAUAUGACGACUGUGAAAGAGCGAGCUGCUGCUUUAAACCUUGCGGGGAAACUGUACAGCCCCAUGCACUGUCCUGCUGUUACUGUAAUCCAAGCCUACAUUGACCAGAGGAAGGUCUUGGGGAACACUGAAGUGCCCAGAGCCAAAGCCGUGCGUGUGUGUCAGGCUCUACUGGACUGCAAGGUGUUUGAAGCAGUAGCGUGUAAACCAUUUGGGAAGGAGAGCAAGCUGUCUGAGUUUCAGGACAGUGUCAGCAGCCUGUACCGAUUUCUGAAUGCCCAGACUCCUGUGCUGAGCAGUGCAGAGAAUGUGCUUGCUUCUCCCAGCAAUGAGGGAAACACAGACAGCCGACUACACAGGGAUGAUGACCCACUAUUCUCUCACAGUACUCCAGUAAAGCCAGGCCACAUUAUGAACAUCCUGCUGGAGGAGAUUGACCUUAGCCUUAGCUUUCUCCAUGCUGAGGGUUUACCACAAUCAGUGGUCAGUAAGGUGUGGCAGGAACAGACAGUUCAGCGGUUGCUGCAGCUGAUCGAGCUCCCUCUGCUGGACGGUGUUCUGGACUGUGGAGAGUGUCCCCUUUCAGCUGGCAACAAUAAUGAGCCUGACAUUCUCUACACCAGUAACUACCUCGACAGAGAAAUACUAAAGGCUUUCAAGGAAUCGCAAAAAGAUGAGUGGCUCUUGGCAGCAUUAGAGCUGAUGGACUUUCUGCCAGACCAACAGGUGGUAGAGGUGAGCAGAGAGCUCCCCAGCCUUUCACUGGAUGAUGAUGAGGGUGAUGAAGAACGUGAACAGAGCCUCGCAGGCAUACAGCAAUGCAAAGCUCUACUGUUUGAAAUCCUGGCUAAACACUAUGGACAGGCCAGUUUCCAGCCUCUCCUCCCUAGUGGACUGAAUGAUGUCUACACACACAUUACUGAACUUUUGGUGAAUGGGAAAUUUGACGUGGCUCUGGAGGUGUUACAGCUGUGUCUGAAGUUGCUUCCUGCGGCUAAUAGAGAAGAGCUGUACAGGCUGCUGAGCUUCAUGUCGCUGGCUGCAGACCCACAUCACCUCCGCUUUCAUAAGGAGAUCGAGAAUCGAAUUUUUGUGAAGAAAACAUUUGGUAGAUCCAUAAUACAAAGCAAGAGCCUCUCAAAAGGCAAAGUGGACCUGCUUUUGCUCUUCAUGCUAGAUAACCAUGAGGACAUCUUGAAGAUCCCAGGUUCUCUGCACAAGCUGGUCAGUGACAAGCUGGACGACAUUGCGAAAAAGAAGGACCCCAACACACAGGGCCCUGCAUUCUGUCAGCAAAUUUCAAGUGAUGUGUACCAUGAUACUGUAAAAAGUCUGACAAACACAGAGUUGUUCAUACUGCUCAGGAAUAUCGAUGAAAAUACAAAGUACUCCAUGAAGGAGAAGAAGAGACUGCUGGCACAGUUCUACAAAGGCCAUCCUGACAUUUUUGCUCAGUAUUUUGGGUCUAGACUGAGCACAGUCAGAUUGUCUGAAGUGUAGUUAUUUUAUCCUUUUUCAUGGAAAUGUUUAGACAUUUUAUGUAGAUUUUAAUUUGUUGAUUUUUAUAUUGUGUUGAGAGAAGGUAAAUUGUUUUUCUAAAUAUAUAAUGGUAUACUGAAAUGAUAGGAACACUAAUAAACACUUUUAUAAAUUGGUGCAACAUUCA